CGUCCCUGACGUUUAUAAAAUUUGACAUUUUACAGGAAUUUUGCACGAAUUUACUAGAAACAUGGUUUUAAAUAACGUUAAAGAACUAACCGAAGAAGAAAAAUUCGAUAUUCAGCUGCAAGCUGAGCAGGAACUGGGCAGACUAGUCAGAACUUAUACGAUCCUAGAAAGAAACCGAGCCCAAAAAUGUGAUACAGGUGGUAAACUUCUCAAACAACGAAAAGUGCUGGACAUUUUCAAGAAGGAACAAAAAAAUAUUCUCACGGAUCUUGCUGUAGCGUCUGCCGAUGCUAGAAGAGUGGAGGACGAAAAGAAGUCCAAGGAAUUGAAGGAUUUACUUAGAGAGCACGACGAUUUCGACGCUGAAAUCACUCAACAAAAAUCACAUAUUAGUGAGAUCGAUGGACAGAUUCGAAUGACCAAGAAAAAGGUUCUUGACUUAAGGUCGAAGCAAAUUACAGACGAAAUGUAUCAACAAAGAGUAAUUGCAGGAGAAAAGACGGUUCAAACUUUAGAAAACAAACUGGAAGUCCAAAUAAAGAAAUUUUGCUCAAUAUCAGCCGAGAAUAUCAAGUUAAGAGAAGAAAUUGAUCAUUUACUUUUAGAAAGAAACGAUUUUAACAAAAUUUGGGACAGCCUUAUCAACAAUUUAGCUGUCGGAAAGAAGUUCAUGUUGGACUUGAUAGAACAAGCAACUAUAGCUUAUGAUCAAAGGGAAGAGUGGGUGUCCAAGCUACAGAUUUUAAGAACAAAAGCCCACAAUGAUCUGAUUAAUCACAUUCAGGAAAUGAGGGUGUUGCAAAGAAAAAUGGACGACGAUCAGAAACUACAAGAGUUUUUCUCAGUGAAAUGCCAAAAAAGAAUCAUGAGACAACUAGAAGAAAAAGAAAAAAACAAAAGGAUGCUCAAUAAAGAAAAUAUGGAAAAGAAAUUGGAACGUUACUUACAAAUUUUAAUUACGAUUAAGGAAUUUACCGGAGAAGAAAAAGUUACGACGAUUGCCAACAAUUUUGUAACCCAAGAAGAAGAAAAUUUUGCGAUGUUUAAAUAUAUUAAUCAUUUGAACAAAGAAAUGGAAGAUCUUACGGACAGUCUAGCAAAAUUGCAACUCAAAAUUGGCGAGCAGGAGGCACUAAAUGAAUUGCGUAAGCACCAACAAGAAACUAGGCUGGAAAAGCUGAAUAAAGAUUUUGAAGAUGCUAAACAGAUCACGAGUCAAAAAUCUGAAGAGCUGAAAGUAAUUGAUCAAAAGUUGAGAACGAUUAUAAAUGGCAUCGGCCAAUUGUUUAGAAUGUUUAGAUGCAAAAAUGAUCCUCUAAUAAAGUUAUUAGGUGAAAAUCAAAACAUACAUUAUUAUAAUGUACUGCUGUAUCUGGAAAUUUUGGAAAACAACAUCGAAGAGGCAAUGGUUUCUGUCAAUUUCAAGGAGACCCAAACUUUGGAAAGAACAAAACACAAGGAACCCAAAAUAACAACUUUGAGACACGUGAAAUGUCCACCCAUGAUCGAACCCAUCGAGAGAAUAGUCGCUACUAAUCCUUGCCCUUUGUGCGUUGAACAUGAGCAUGUCAGUGAUGUCAUAGAUGUACUGCAAUUCGCGCUUACCAAAGAAGAGAUCCAGGAGAGGCUUAAGAUCAAAAUCGAUAAAACAGAGGCAGACGACAAGUUGCAUAAUGUAUCCGCCUGUCAUCUGCCGAAAUCCAGACAAAUUAUACAAAAAAGAUAUCAAUAAAAAUUAUAAA